UUGGUAUAAAUUUUAUAGACUGAAUGGAAUUUGCCUAAAUUUCCUUUGCAUGGGGCCCCCUUCCUUUGUAAGACUCUCCCAGCCUUGCCAGUGCAGGGUUCUUUCUUGUCUGUAUUUAAAAUUUUGAUAUUUUGUUCAUCAUGGGUGUUUUGGCAUUAGUUUUCAUUUUUAAUCUUGUGUUAAAAUAUUAUUUAUCUUGAGUACUUAGAUUUGGUGUCUCCUUAACUUCCAUGCUUGCGGGAAGUACUCCCUCACUUUAGCUGAGUGCUAACCCAGGAAACAGCUUGUGAAUUAGUGUUGUGAGCUUCCCUGGCUGGAAACCUAGCAAUGUCCCAUUCUUGUCACUCUCUCCCCCAUAUUUCUUUUAACCACGUUCCUGGACUCUGCAACUUUUUUUUUAACCGGUCCCUUAAGAAAUAUUGCCAGAGGUGGUCUGAAAGGAGCUGAGGCUGAGGGAGGGGACUAUUUGGCUCAUUUCUACUGGUCGCAGAGCAGCCACGUGGGCUCAGACGACUCUCCUCCGGGCUGGUUCUCUGCGGAGAGCCUCAGGCGCACCGUCAGUUUCUCUCCUUCAAGUGUCAGGCGCAGAUCCGACUGCAUGUAUUAAACGAUCACUUCUUUUCUGGGAAGCCCCACACUUUAACACAUUGAUGUUCUUUUACUGUCUCAGACCUUACUGAUUACUAAUUCUCUAUGUUUUCAUUAAUUUGUCUUCCACUUCCAAACUUGUAGAUGCAUUGACCAAAUUUUGAUUAUUUUAUGUAAUAAGCAAAAUGAAAUUAUCAAUUGGCAAUUAUUUCUGAGAACUUAGAAUGAGAUCAACAAAAUUAAUAAUUCUAACAAUAAUUAUAGAAUAACCUCAUUUAAUAUAUAAGGUGGUUCAUACAGAUUGCCAAUAUUAAUUCUCACCAUAAAUUUAUGAGAUGCAUGGGAGACAAGACGGGUGAGAGUUAUGGCCCCUGCACCAGAGAGUGAAUUACAAACAUUUCAGUGACUCCUCUGUUGAAAAUACUGAGCUAGUGGCACUUGUGGAUUAAAAGGAACAAAUACUUAUGCUCUCAAUUUACAUGAAAAUGGGAAAUGACUGGAAAAAUAUAAGACGACAUAUACCAACUGCUAAAAUGUGAGGGAUGGAGCAGAGCAUCGCCAUUGCCAUCAGCAGAGAAACCUGGGAGUCCAGAAUCUCAGCACUUCGCCUGUACCACAGUGACACUGAGCGCGCGGCCACCGCUCAACAGCGCGCGCAAACCCCCGUCGCUGCCCCCAGCGGCCGGCAGGGGGCGCCCGCACUCGCCGUGACCGACCCUCCGGCGCCGCCCGCCCAGCGGGACCCGCCUGGGGCUCCGGCCGCGGACACCGGGAGACCCGGCGCGUCGCCGUCCGCGGGAGCCCGGCCCGGGCGAGGCGCCGCGGGGCUCAGGGACCGCGCGGGGCGGGACAACGCGGAGCAAACGCUUCCUUUCGGCCCGACGCGGCGGGGAGCUCCGCCGGGGCCCCGCCAGAGCCUUCCGCUGCCUGCGCCUGCCCGCGUCCAUCCUUCCCUUUCUCCUGGAAGGUCGGGGCCACACCGUUUCCAAGAGCGCGCGCUCAUUCGGGGACCGGCGGCUCGAGGUCAGAGCGUGCUGUGGGCUGUUUCCAGGCUCAGGAGGCUUUCUGGGGAGAAAGACACGAAUUCGGGGAAACGGAGACGCAGCUACAAUCUGGACAGUAGGGACGGAAUAUUGCGACCCCCUCCAGUGGAAUGACUUGGGGACAGGGCUGAGACUUUAAAGGAGCCCCGGGAGAAAGGGAGAAUGUGCGCCUAUAUUUACGUGAUUUUGAAACUGAGGAUGAAGGAAUUAAAAUUUUCCUGGCUUAGGGUGAAACUGUGCCUUGUACUCACAAGGUUAAUAUUGGAAACAAAAUAACUCAAGUUUCUGAGCUUGCCCUGCAGGACAGCAGGCGGACCUCUGAUAAGGUGGAAAUGGUACAACAGGUGGCCCCAGUGGCUCUUUUCUCCACUUAAUUUUGCGAUGACUCUCCUCCUUUUUGGUGACUCCAUUUUAUGGCUCUUCCUUUUUCAGCAGUCACUCCACUCAGCCCUUUAACAGUGUUGACCCAGACCCCGUGGAUGCAGAGGAAUACGGAGAAUAAUGUAGAGUACUUGGCCAUGCUGAUGGCAGUGGGCUGAGUAGUGAUCCAAGGUGAGCCCAGAAAAACUACUCUUGUCAAAAAUUGCAAGGACCUACUUCUGUUGCAUGAGUGUGUACCUCCAUGAAGGAGAUAUCCCAUGGUUCUACCAAGCACACAAAAUCCACAGAAGGCUCCACAACACUGAGAGGCCAGCUGUGCACCAAGGACAAGAUCCUGCAGAUCCUUCAUGAAGUCUAAACAAUGACUGUAUGGAGGGCACUUACUCCAAAAGGGAUUUUCCAGGCCUGGAAUCAUCCCUGCAGACUUUGUCCCUAUGCUCAAAAACAAGCCCCACCUCUCUACUCCUGAUGAGAUGGCACCACGUGUUCUAUUCUACACUGUAGUUGGGAGGAACCUAGAUCAGGUUGUGUGCAUGUAUGUUUAGCUGGGAAGUGGGAGUUGUCUUGAUUAGGAACAAGGGAAAUACUCCCGUUACUUCCCACUAGCUGGAUUAUUUUUCCCCAUCUUCAAUGGCUCUCCAUCUUUCCUACACAUUCACCCUCCAAAUUUUUCCUCACUAUUUGCCUCUCUUUUCUGCAGGCGCUAUGUGACUGCCCAGGGAACCAUCCUGUCAUUGAAGGCUGCAUGAUCCCUUUGUCCCCAAUGGUGUCUUCAAGCCAGGCACCAUGUAGAUUCUCCAUAGGGAGUGCAUUCUCUUUCCUAAGGUACCCACCCAGUGGGAAGAAUUCAUUGUUGGAUUCAAAUUGUAUUUCAAGGCAGAUGAACACUAAAGACAGGGAAGUCCCUUUAGUAGCACUUACCUUGUUUCUUGACCUUGCCACGUCCCUCUGAUAAUACACCCCACUAUAUCUUCCCAAUCACCCUCCAUUUUAAAGCUCACUCAGCUCUGUCCACUAGAUGGUAGUAAUUUUUUUACCAUUUAAAAAGUCAUUGUUUUCUGAACAAUGAUUCUUUCUUAUCCCUGAACGUUUUUAGAGCUGAGCUGUCUCGAACAAGGUGACCCAGGCCAUGGGUCCAUUUCCAUGUCCUUAGCUUGGACUCCAACUCUCUUCCAGGGGCUGAAAGGGAACUCUCUUCCAGAAGCUGGAGAGGGUAGAGAUUUCUUUCCCAAGCCUGAUAGACUGUGUUCUUUCCCAUGCCAGAUUUGCUAAGACCUUACAACUGCUCUGCCAUCCAUUUGGCCUCCUCCUGGCCCUGCCUGUCGAACCACAGACACAGCCAGAAGUCCUGCAUCCCUGCCACUCCAGAGCCUGCCACACACGGAAAGGAAUGGGGAAAAGUGGCCAAUUGUACACUUUCAUUUAGGCUAAGCUAAGAAUUGGGAAAUGGAACUGAUCUCCCCAUCCUUAGAGGGCCUUGGAGUGAGAUGGAAGGUGUUAUCCACCCAAAUAUUUGGAGUCAUGGGGUCUUCUCCUUUCCCUUCUGAACUCAGGGCCUCAGGACUGCCAAAUUCCAGUUCCGUUUUUGGGAUGUGUGAAGUUUCUUGUCUCUUUGUGUUCCUAGAGGCCGAGUGGGACACUUUUGGCCCUGCAUGCCUGCGUAACCCCAAGCAUUCCACCCCUCAGCUGUUUACAGUUCAGUAUCGUGGUAGAGCGGGGCAAGGACCGAGAAGUCCAGUUCCUGAGGCUUUUUCGUUAAUGGAUUUUCUCAUUUUUUUAAGCCCCUCGACAUUUGUCAAGUUAUUAUGCUUUUGUAUUUGUUUUUUUGGAGAGCUGUAUUCAGAUGACAAGUAAGAAAGCUGAGAUGGCAGUGGGUGUGCGGUGCCACAGUCAGAC